AUUGUAUUAGUUAUUUCUUUAAUACAUGAAAUAGUUAAAAUGUUCUAAUUGGUUUUCUGUCUGUCUUAUUGACUGUUUUUAUCCAGUCUGAAUGUCUGGAAUUUUAAAGGAUGAAAGAUUCACUCUUUCUUUCAUUACAGGAUUCUUUCUGCUAGUCCAGAUACUUGUUGAAAUGCUGAAUAGUUUCUUGGAGAAAGAUGUCAAGGAAGAGUUUCAGUUCAUAGACUGGCAUAAGAUGCACAUUUUUCUGCUGGGAAUGAGAUGUUCUUGAGUUUUUACAACUUUAUGAAGAGACCCACGUGUGUGGUGCUAUUGAGAAAUUUAUUGGGAAGUUUGAAGACAUUUCAAAUAACAUGUUUAGGUUUCUAAAGUAAAGUGGGGAGGCAUUCUAUUUUAUCAAAGGAGGAAGGACUUGGGCCAAAAAACUUGUAUGCUAUGGUUAACUGGUUCCCCGCCUCCGAGAAUGUUGUUUUCCAUGGUGUAAAACUUACUCAGCAUCAGGAUAAGGGAUAACGACUCUAUGGAUAUACGAAUCCUUCACCAUGGUAAAACUCGCUAACCCGCUGUAUACGGAAUGGAUUUUGGAAGCCAUCAAAAAAGUGAAGAAGCAGAAACAGCGUCCUUCGGAAGAAAGGAUAUGCAAUGCAGUGUCUUCAUCCCAUGGCUUGGAUCGUAAAACUGUUUUAGAACAAUUGGAGUUGAGUGUUAAAGAUGGAACAAUUUUAAAAGUGUCAAAUAAAGGUCUCAAUUCCUAUAAAGAUCCUGAUAACCCUGGGCGAAUAGCACUUCCUAAACCUCGAAACCAUGGAAAAUUGGACAAUAAACAAAAUGUAGAUUGGAAUAAACUGAUCAAGCGGGCGGUUGAUGGCUUGGCAGAGGCCGGUGGCUCAACUUUGAAAAGCAUUGAACGUUUUUUGAAAGGUCAGAAGGAUGUGUCUGCAUUAUUUGGAGGCAGUGCUGCCUCUGGUUUUCACCAGCAGUUACGAUUGGCUAUUAAACGUGCCGUUGGCCAUGGCAGACUCCUUAAAGAUGGACCUCUUUAUCGGCUCAACACUAAAGCAACCAAUGUGGAUGGGAAAGAGAGUUGUGAGUCUCUUUCCUCUUUACCUCCAGUGUCACUCCUUCCACAUGAAAAGGAUAAGCCAGUUGCUGAACCAAUCCCCAUCUGUAGUUUCUGUCUUGGUACAAAAGAGCAAAACCGAGAAAAGAAGCCAGAAGAACUCAUCUCCUGUGCUGACUGUGGCAACAGUGGUCAUCCAUCCUGUUUAAAAUUUUCCCCCGAACUAACGGUUAGAGUGAAGGCCUUACGGUGGCAGUGUAUUGAGUGUAAAACCUGCAGCUCCUGUCGAGAUCAAGGCAAAAAUGCAGAUAACAUGCUCUUUUGUGAUUCCUGUGACCGAGGUUUUCACAUGGAGUGCUGUGAUCCGCCACUCACCCGGAUGCCAAAAGGCAUGUGGAUAUGUCAAAUAUGUCGACCUAGGAAAAAAGGACGAAAACUUCUACAGAAGAAGGCGGCACAGAUAAAACGGCGCUAUGCUAAUCCAAUAGGACGUCCAAAAAACAGGUUAAAGAAACAAAACACGGUAUCAAAAGGUCCCUUCAGCAAAGUUCGAACUGGUCCUGGAAGGGGUCGGAAACGGAAAAUCACUCUCUCUAGCCAAUCAGCAUCAUCUUCAGAAGAAGGAUAUUUAGAGCGAAUAGAUGGCUUGGACUUCUGCAGAGAUAGCAGUGUCUCCUUGAAAUUCAACAAGAAAACCAAAGGGCUCAUUGAUGGCCUUACCAAAUUCUUCACCCCUUCCCCUGAUGGGCGGAAACCACGAGGGGAAGUGGUAGACUACUCUGAGCAAUAUAGAAUCAGGAAAAAGGGCAACAGAAAAUCAAGCACUUCAGAUUGGCCCACAGACAAUCAAGAUGGCUGGGAUGGCAAACAAGAAAGUGAGGAACGGCUUUUUGGGAGCCAGGAAAUCAUGACUGAGAAAGAUAUGGAGUUAUUUCGUGAUAUCCAAGAACAAGCACUGCAGAAAGUUGGAGUGACUGGUCCCCCUGAUCCACAAGUCCGCUGUCCCUCUGUCAUUGAGUUUGGGAAGUAUGAAAUUCACACCUGGUACUCUUCCCCAUAUCCUCAAGAAUACUCAAGGCUACCUAAGUUGUAUCUUUGUGAAUUCUGUCUAAAAUAUAUGAAAAGUAGAACUAUUCUACAGCAGCACAUGAAGAAAUGUGGUUGGUUCCAUCCUCCUGCCAAUGAGAUUUACAGAAAGAAUAACAUAUCUGUCUUUGAGGUUGAUGGGAAUGUGAGUACCAUUUAUUGUCAGAACCUCUGUCUCUUGGCAAAGUUGUUUCUCGAUCACAAAACACUUUAUUAUGAUGUGGAGCCAUUUCUUUUUUAUGUACUAACACAGAAUGAUGUCAAGGGCUGCCACCUUGUGGGCUACUUUUCUAAAGAAAAGCACUGCCAACAGAAAUACAAUGUUUCCUGUAUAAUGAUUCUUCCCCAAUACCAGCGUAAGGGCUAUGGCAGGUUUCUCAUUGAUUUCAGUUAUUUGCUAUCAAAGCGCGAAGGCCAAGCAGGGUCUCCAGAGAAACCAUUAUCUGAUCUAGGUCGUCUUUCCUACAUGGCUUAUUGGAAAAGUGUAAUAUUGGAGUGCCUUUAUCACCAAAAUGACAAGCAAAUCAGCAUUAAGAAGUUAAGUAAGUUGACUGGAAUCUGUCCUCAAGACAUUACUUCCACACUCCACCACCUAAGAAUGCUGGACUUUCGUAGUGACCAAUUUGUGAUUAUCCGCCGGGAAAAACUUAUUCAGGAUCACAUGACAAAGCUUCAGCUAAAUUUGCGACCCGUAGAUGUAGAUCCAGAAUGCUUGCGCUGGACUCCUGUCAUAGUUUCCAAUUCUGUUGUCUCAGAGGAGGAAGAAGAGGAGGCUGAGGAGGGGGAAAAUGAAGAGCCGCAAUGCCCGGAAAGAGAAUUAGAGACAAGUGUGGGAAAGUCUGCAUCUCGGGAGAACAAAGAACAAGAUUCUUAUUCUUCAAUAGAAGGUGAAAAGAAACCAGAAGUUAUGGCACCCGCCAGUUCUGCACGUUUGAACAAACAAGUCCUUUCUCGUGAUAGUCUUCCUGCAAAUAAUCAGCCAUCUCGGAAAGGCCGCUGUGGGAGGAAGAACAAAAAAACCCAGGAACGAUUUGGCAAUAAAGAUUCUAAACUGCUCUUGGAAGAGUCAACAACUCCUCAGGAACAAUAUGGAGAAUGUGAGGAAAAAUCAGAAACCUCCCAAGAACAAUAUACUGAAAGUGAGGAACAGUUGGCAGCCUCUCAGGAGCAGCCAAGCCAGGAUGGGAAGCCAGACAUUCCCAGAAGAAGACUAAGUGAGGGGAUUGAGCUGUGGCGAGGACACCUAAAGAAAAGCCCUGAGGCUCUGAAGUGUAGGUUACCAGAAGGCAAUGAUAGACUGUCCCGUCGCUAUAGUGAUGGUGACAGGGCUCUCCUCAGGGGCUUCAGUGAGAGUAGUGAGGAGGAAGAGGAGCCAGAAAGUCCUCGGUCCAACUCACCACCAAUUCUUACAAAGCCCACAUUGAAGCGAAAGAAACCAAUUCUCCACCGAAGAAGGAGAGUCCGAAAGCGCAAACACCACAAUAGCAGUGUGGUCACAGAAACUAUUUCUGAGACUACAGAAGUCUUAGAUGAACCUUUUGAAGACUCUGACUCUGAGAGGCCAAUGCCAAGAUUAGAGCCCACGUUUGAGAUUGAUGAAGAAGAAGAGGAAGAAGAUGAACUCUUCUCUAGAGGAUACUUCCAUCGGUUGUCCUCACAGGAUGUUCUCAGGUGUCGAUCUUCUUCUCAGAGGAAGUCUAAAGAUGAAGAUGACGAUGAUGACGAAGAGUCAGAUGAUGCUGAUGACACUCCUAUCCUAAAGCCAGUACCUGUCUUGAGAAAAUGUGAUGUGAAGAAUUCUUCACAUGAGCCAGAUACAUCCACACCUAUGAAAAAGAAAAAGGGAUGGCCCAAAGGCAAGAGCCGCAAACCAAUCCACUGGAAGAAAAGACCUGGCCGCAAACCAGGAUUUAAGUUGAAUCGGGAAAUCAUACCCGUUUCUACUCAAGAUCACAUUGUUGAGCCCAUUAUCCCCAUUCCUAAACCUGGACGUAAACUCAAAAUUCAAGAGAAUGAAGAAACUGUUGAAUCAAAAGAAGACUUGCCUUUACCCGAAGAAAGGAAGGAAGAAGAGGAGAUGCAUGUGGAAGCAGAAGAGGUUGAAGAGGGAGAAGAAGAAGAUACAACCAGCAGUGAAGUUAGAGCAGCUUCUCCAGUGGAUAGCAGCAACAGUCCCGAGAUGGAAAUGAAAGAACCUGAGAUAGAGGAGGAAGAAGAGAAACCUUGUGUCUCAGACGAGCAGAGGCAAUCUGAGGAAGAGCAACAAGAACUGGAAGAGCAGGAGCAAGAGGAAGAGGAUGAAAUAGCUGUAGAGACAAACCAGAAUGAAGACCAUGAUGCAGAUGAUGAAGAUGACGGUCAUCUAGAAUCUACAAAGAAAAAAGAGCUAGAGGAGCAGCCUGUUAGAGAAGAUGUCAAGGAGGAUCCUGGAGGUCAGGAGUCUUUUUUAGAUACGAAUAUGCAGAACAGUAGGGAGAAUAUAAAGGAUAAAGAUGAAACAGAACCAGAUUCUGAAGAGGAACAGACUUCCCAUGAAACAUCCGUGGUAUCAGAGCAUAUGCCAGGGUCUGAGGAUGAUCAUGAAGAAGAUUCAAACUCUAAAGAAGAACUAAUUGAGUUAAAAGAGGAAGAUGAGAUUCCCCAUAGUGAACUGGAUCUGGAAACUGUGCAAGCAGUGCAGUCUUUGACUCAAGAAGAAAGCAAUGAGCAUGAGGGCGCCUACCAGGACUGUGAAGAGACGCUUGCUGCUUGUCAGACCCUGCAGAGUUACACCCAGGCUGAUGAAGACCCUCAGAUGUCGAUGGUUGAAGACUGUCAUGCUUCUGAACAUAACAGUCCAAUAUCUUCUGUUCAGUCUCAUCCCAGCCAGUCAGUCCGUUCAGUCAGCAGUCCCAAUGUGCCUGCCCUUGAAAGUGGUUACACCCAGAUCAGCCCAGAACAAGGAUCCCUGUCCGCACCUUCUAUGCAGAACAUGGAGACCAGCCCCAUGAUGGAUGUGCCUUCCGUAUCCGACCACUCUCAGCAGGUGGUGGACAGUGGCUUCAGUGAUCUGGGAAGCAUUGAGAGCACCACAGAAAACUAUGAGAACCCUAGCAGUUAUGAUUCCACAAUGGGCAGCAGCAUUUGUGGGAAUAACUCUUCCCAGAGCAGCUGCUCCUAUGGUGGGUUAUCAUCCUCCAGCAGCCUCACCCAGAACAGUUGUGUUGUCACUCAGCAAAUGGCAAACAUGGGCAACAGCUGCAGCAUGAUGCAGCAGAACAAUGUCCAGCCUGCUGCCAAUUGCAACAUCAAGUCACCUCAGAGUUGUGUGGUGGAGCGGCCUCCCAGUAACCAGCAGCAGCCGCCGCCACCACAACCGCAGCAACAGCAGCAGCAGCAGCAGCAGCAGCAACAACCAGCACCUCAGCCUCCACCACCCCAGCAGCAGCAGCAACAGCAGCAGCCACCACCACCUCAGCCCCAGCAACCUCAACCCCCACCCCCACCUCAACAGCAACCACCCCUGUCACAGUGUAGUAUGAAUAACAGUUUCACUCCAGCACCUAUGAUCAUGGAGAUACCAGAAUCUGGAAGCACUGGGAACAUCAGUAUCUAUGAGAGGAUUCCAGGGGAUUUUGGUGCCGGCAGCUACUCUCAACCGUCAGCCACCUUCAGUUUAGCCAAGUUGCAGCAGCUGACUAACACCAUUAUGGACCCUCAUGCCAUGCCUUAUAGCCAUUCUCCUGCUGUGACUUCCUAUGCAACCAGUGUUUCUUUGUCUAAUACAGGACUGGCUCAGCUAGCUCCAUCUCAUCCAUUAGCUGGGACCCCUCAAGCACAAGCCACCAUGACACCGCCCCCAAACUUGGCAUCUACCACUAUGAACCUCACGUCACCUCUGCUACAGUGCAACAUGUCUGCUACCAACAUUGGCAUUCCUCACACUCAGAGGUUGCAAGGGCAAAUGCCAGUCAAGGGGCACAUUUCUAUCCGCUCUAAAUCUGCACCAUUGCCCUCUGCAGCUGCUCACCAGCAGCAGCUGUAUGGCCGCAGCCCACCAGCGGUUGCCAUGCAGGCUGGCCCUCGUGCAUUGGCUGUUCAACGUGGCAUGAACAUGGGGGUUAAUUUAAUGCCAACCCCUACCUAUAAUGUCAAUUCCAUGAAUAUGAACACCUUGAAUGCCAUGAACAGCUAUCGAAUGACACAACCCAUGAUGAACAGCAGUUACCAUAGUAACCCUGCCUACAUGAACCAGACAGCACAGUAUCCUAUGCAGAUGCAGAUGGGAAUGAUGGGGAGCCAGGCCUAUACCCAGCAGCCUAUGCAGCCAAACCCUCAUGGAAACAUGAUGUACACUGGCCCCUCCCAUCAUAGCUACAUGAAUGCUGCUGGUGUGCCCAAGCAGUCACUCAAUGGACCUUAUAUGAGAAGAUGAGCAAGAUGAACUUGCAGUUAAAAACUUAAAUAUAUAUAAAUAAAGGAACCUUUUAUACUGACAAACCAGAGAAAAAUGGACCUUUUUUUCCAGUUAAAAUAUUGCUGUAGAUUUAGAGGAAUUUUUCUUUGGUUUAUUUUAUUUUUUAGAAAACCUGGUCUUCUCUUUUUUGGGGGUUCAUUUUGUUCUGGGUUUUGGUUUUCUUCAUAAUCUUGAACAUUUUACAAUAGAACUCAUCUAAAAAAUGGAUUUGGGGAUGGGGGAAACAUGCACAAAAAUCUUUUCAUAAUUAAAAAGAGCCUUACUUUCUUUACACACCACAUGGACAGAAUUUGUGUAAAAGUGAAAUAUCCUUAUUUUAUUUGAAGAUGUAUGUUUCCCCUCACUGUUUGCAGCUCCCAGUGUUGUCAUUUUUAAAUGUUAUAUAUACAUCUCGAGGGUUAACCAGACCCUCUCCUCCAAACCCAACCUUUCAUUUCCUACUUCAUUCCAGCAGGAGGCACUUAUGGGAGACUCGGAUGGGGACAUGGAGAACAACCCAAGCUCCUUAAACUUAUUAUUAUUGUUAAUAUUAUUAUUAUUAUUAUUAAUAAAAUGAGGCAGGAAAAUGCUUCUCCUUUUAAAAUCCCCUCCACUCCCUACACAAACACACACACACACACACACACCCCUCUUGAAACCUCUCCCCCAAAAUGUUUCUUUAUAAAUGGACUUUAUUGAAAUGUUUGUCUUUCUUAAAUCAAGUGUAAUAUAAUUUUUUCUACUAUUCCCACUCAGCACUCAGAGACACACAAAUACUGUAAGUCUCAAUUAAACAGCAGAAUCUCAGAGGAAAGCUGUUUGCAAUCCUGAUUUAGCCUUGGAGGAAUAGAGAUUGGUCAGUUAACAAUCAAAAAGAGGAAAUUAACCUCUUGUUUUUUACCACCUGGUGAAUCAGCCAUAAUGCCCAUACUCCACACAGCCUCUUGUUUUUAGUAUGUACUUUGAGAUGCUAAGGGUCUUGAUUCUUGAGCCUUUGACUCUGAUUAAACUCAAUAAAUAGUCCCCAGUGAUUAGCCUCUUACAUUCUUACAAUGUUGGUGGAUGACUGUUUCAGUGAUUUGAAAAUAUCUGACAAACCUUUGACACUGUUUAUGUUGGAAGAGAUGACACAGAAUGUGUCCCCUCGUAAGCGAGAUCAUGGUGUGAAUUUUAUAGCUACUUUAAUGAUACAUACCUCUAGUCUUCAUUUGUCUUUUGAGAUCCUGAGUUCAUCCCCUGUGAAUCAGAGUGCACUGGCUGCUCACCUGUGAGUGGCUAAAGAGAAGAGGGAUCAACCAACCACCAGCAAAGUAGGGCAAAUCUAGACAGCAGGGUUUUGGCAGGCUCCUAUGUUGUUCCCAAUUCCAUUCUCUUUUCUCUUGUGCAGCCAGUUUGCCCAUUCUCUUCCUGUUACUUGCUCCAGGGAUAGGUAAAAAGAAAAAGAAAAAACCUAUAUAUAUAUAUAUACCAUCAUUAGAAGAUGGAAACUAUUAUACCACUUGGUAUGUGCAGUCAGAUAUCCAAAAGGGGGAAGUACUGCUUAAGAAUUACCUGUAAGCAUUAAAUUCUCUCCUUUAUUUGUACAUUUUAUAUAGAUAAAUUUUUGAAGUACUAAUUAGGCAUUAAAUUUUUCAAAUGCACAGGGUUUGUUGGUUUUUUUAAUACACUUUAAUUGACUUUCUCAAUUAAAUGUGUUAGGUAGAAAAAAAGCAGAAUUCCACAUUUUAACUGCUAUCAAUUCUAAGCAUGUGCAAGGCUGUGUAGGACCCAGUUUCUCUGUAUAUACUAUUCCAGUUCUCAAUCAUCUAUGUAGAAAGUGCACUGUGCUGCCCUCUCCCUACAUCUUCAGCUAUGUCAUUGCUUCCUGAUUGGGGUGGGGGUGGGGUGGGUUGGGAGGGAAGUAUAUUGGGAGGAGGGUGGGUCAAGGCAGAAGGAGAAGCUGUUGAAAUGAGGGCCGUGAAUUCAGUUUCCGUUGGUUUGCAAUUGUGUUUGGUUUUGUUUCUUUAAAAAAAAAAAUUCAAUCAGGCAGCUCCCUUUUUCCACAAGCCUUUUUGUGACUAGAACUAUUGUAGAGAAAAUGUUCUUUUCUAUAUUAUAAAAGAAAUUAUCCAACACAGUGAUAUUGGUACCUGUCAUUUUUUCACUUCUGUUUUAAAAAAAAAAUGUAUUUUUAGCAAAAUAACUUGGGUAAUCUUCUAAAAAAGAAAUUUAAAAACUCACUGUUAGUGACUUUGAUGCCUUUUAAAAUAAGAGCUUUUUCAUUUCAUUCCAUCUUUAAAAUUUUUUAUCUUUGUUGUAGAAUAUUAAAAAGUAUUUUAAGAAAGAUAAAAAUUCUCUUUAAAGAGAUCUCUAGAGUGUGUGAAUAGAGCUCCAGAUGCCUCUAAAAGCCGCAUGUACAAAUGAAGCUAACUAAGUCUAUUCCUGUCUGUUUAUAUUUGCUUUUCCUGUUUUGUAACCUCUUUGUACUUUGUUCAUGGUGACUUGUAAGCUAAGGGGAAGGGAUGCCUAGAUGCCUUUGUAUUUCUCCAUGUCAUGCGCUCCUGGGCCAGUUGGUCUCCCUUCCUCUCCUUGUAUGUAAUAUCACUUUUUUUUCCCCUUUCUAGCAAGUACUUUCAAAAGAACUCUGUACAUUUUAACAUAAAAAAAAAAUAAAUUAUGUUGAGCCAUUUUGGA